GACACAGGAAGCUCGAUUAUAAGCCUCAGACCGAACGUACGCGAUGCCUUAUUCAGAAGUCGCAACCUGCACGGUUGAGCACUACAUCGUCUUACAUCUCAGGCUCUGAAGAGUUACUUGACAAUCUGGCGAUCACAGAUCGAACCUGUAAUAAGUACGAACCUUGUAAUUCGUGCGCACAGCCUGUGUUGCCGGUAUCCAGUGCAAACGCCGACGGCACAGCAAGCGACUGCUCAUCAUGCCUACACCACAAGCAUUCGGAACAUGGAGGUCCCCAUUGAGUUUGGAUAUGCUCUGUGAGCCUGACCUUCACAUCGAUGGAGCUAGGAUACUUAAAUCAUCCGGUGCGAUCUAUACUGUAGAGUCCUUUUCGGGAAACAGAACUUCCAUCUUCCUGCUGAACCAGGAUAUUCAAGAUGAUGUGAAGGAAGUCCUGCCAAGUCCGUACAGUGUUGGUACGAUUGUGCAUGGCUACGGCGGAGCUGCGUUCACUCUUGACGAAGAGAGAAAUUCAAUCAUCUUUUCCAACGCUGUUGACCAUGGAGUUUACAGGGUAUUCCUCGAUAGUUCCACAGUUGAACCAGUGGCAACAAGUGCGCAUGCCCACUUUGCUGACUUUGCCGUCCAUCCAACAAGUGGGUUAGUCAUCGCGAUCCGUGAGACACAUGAAGGCAAAGAAGUCAAGAAUGAACUCGUCGUGAUUGGCCCGGGCAACACAACCGCGAUUCUGGUCAGAGGUGCAGACUUUUAUUCUAGCCCUCGAUUCAGCCCCGAUGGAUCUCGGAUGUGUUGGUUGGAAUGGAACCAUCCAUCUAUGCCUUGGACGGGAAGUCUGCUUUUUGUGGGAGACGUUCAUUUACUGGAGGGCUCGCUCGAGAUUAUAAACUCAAGACAGGUAGCCGGGGCACGAUUGAAAAGAAGCAUCAGCCAGCCAAGAUGGAACAGCGAUAGCUCCCUCUUCUUCGCCGAUGAUAUCUCUGGAUACUGGCAGUUGUUUCGAGUCCAUGAGGACGGUACCGUCACUCCUGUGGUCUCUGGGCUCGAAGAGACCGAUCAUGCGGGAUCCGAAUUCAAGCUUGGGAGCUCUACGUACGUGUUUCCAAACUCUAAAACCAUUGCGCUCGCGUACGUCAAAGAAGGGACAUCACACCUCGCUUUGGUUGACAUAGCUUCGGGCCGUUUUACGCCAUUGGCCUGCCCACUCGUCGACAUUCAGUAUGAUGCUCUCUCCGCUGAUGGCCGGGGCAACGUCCUCGUGGUGGGCUCAUCAGUGAUCGAAGGCCAUGGUUUGUAUCGAAUGACGACAAGCAGUGGUCAGCUCGAUCCCAUUCGGCGCUCGCAUUUGCGCCUGGGUGCUCAGCAGAUAUCAAUGCCCAAGGCUAUGCAAAUCCCACGCACGCUUCCAGGUACACACGGUAUCAUCCAUGGUUUCCUUCACCUACCUUACAGCCCAGAGUACAAAGGGCUUGAAAAUACACGGCCGCCUCUCGUUGUCCACGCUCAUGGUGGUCCGACGAAUCACUGGCGAGCUGGAUUUAGCCCACAAGUACAGUACCUCACUUCUCGUGGAUUUGCAGUCUUCCUGCUCAACUAUGCUGGGUCUACGGGUUAUGGAAAGCAAUAUCGGGAGCUACUCAACGGUCGAUGGGGCGAGCUUGACGCGGCUGAUGCAGCCAUGGCUGCCGAAUACCUGGCCAAUGUCGAGAAGUUGGUCGACGGGAACCGCAUGAGCAUCGAAGGUCCAAGUGCAGGAGGUUAUCUUGCGCUUGCAACCGCAGCUCUGUUUCCGCAGACUUGGCGUGUUUCCAUUGUCAUGUGCGGUAUUUCGGAUGUUGAUUCCUUCUCGCUAACGUCGCACAAGUUCGAGAGUCAAUAUUCCGAACACUUGGUCUUCGGCGAGCAAGGCGAUGAGAUGAGCCAGGAAGAGCGUAAGGCUCGAGGGAUUGCCCGGAGCCCGAUUCACCAUGCACGGAACUUCGAUUCUGCUGUGCUCUUGAUCCACGGAAAUACAGACACCGUGGUCGUGCCAGCGCAGGCCAAAUCUAUGCAUGAACGCCUUCAGAGUGUAUCAAACGAAGUUGAGUUGAUUCUCAUUCCUGAUUGGGGUCACAAACUUCCAGCUGGAGACGUACUUCGCGCAACAUGGGCAGCUCAGGAAAGACUGUGGAUGAAGCAUCUCGUGGAGCCAUGUGUGUGAUUAUUUCCAAUCAAUCAAUCACUUGCCAUCUGCGCUAUCCAAUUGGUGACACCUUCAAUUUUCUGCAGGCUACAAAGAGCUACCACCAUGUGUAUACCAUUGUUUCUUGUGAGUGCUCGUCUACAGGCAUAGGUCAAAUCGGACAGGGCACUCUGAUGACUCAUCAGAAACUACUUCUUGCUGAUGACUAAUAUGCUACCCGCUCGUGUCCUGGGUCAAAUACUUAGGAGGUAGAGUCAAAUGGAAUGUCGUUCCGCGUUCUGCUCGAAGACUGGUUAUCUCAGCUAUGAAAUCACAGGCAGAUGCUGAUACAUGAAGUCUGCCAUGAGCUUAUUGAUGCGGAUCGGCUCCAGAAGAAAGGCGUCGUGACCCUCCUCGCUGUCAAGGAUAUGGAGCUCUGCCUUUGGGAUACUCUCAGCCAUAUUCCGCUGCUCGAUGGGUGGGUAGAGGGUGUCGCUCGUG